AUGUUCCCAGUAAACACAUUUACAGAAUCAAAAGUUGAUUUAGACAAGGUAUACGCCAUUGAAUGGAGAGAUUCAGACCGUAAGCCCAAGUCUGGAUGGAAGUGCUACGAUGGAGUUGUUGUUGAUAUCUCAACCCGGAAAUCUUUCCUUGAAGAGAAACUUUCAAAAAUAGAUGGAAAAAAGUCCCCACAUAGAUCGGUAGACCGCUCUAGAAGCCCACAUCGACAUUCAAGUGGAGAAACUCAUCAUAAAAAUGAAAAAGGAUCUCGGAGUGUAAAGAGCCCAAGAAAAGAUGAGAAAAAAAAUAAGUCCUGCUAUGACAAUGAGUCUAAUAGAGGUCCAUUACCUAGUAACGCCAGCUGCUCAAAGACAGAUCCUCUUAAUGUUCACAGAACAUUAUCAUUUAGUGAGUCAGUAGCAGAUCAUCUUAAUGAUGACUUGAUAUUAACAAGCACUGAAUCGAGUGGCCAGACAUCGAAAAUCGGAGGAAGUGGAGUUCGAGUUCGGAGCAAUGAAGCUGUUCCACCGAAGAAAUUGUAUCCGAUAGACUUGGACAAACUUAUUCAAGAUCGUGAUAAAACUAUUGAUGAAUUAAAGCGUAAAAUUGAUCGUUUGGAGGAAAAAAUUGAUGCGGUGAAUCGGCUGAACAAUAUGUCAAAACCGUCAACGAGUGGUCAGCGACCAGUUCAUCACACUAGAACAUCAACGGCAGAAAAAAAUCCUGCGAGACCAUUGUCAAUAAACGAAAUAGAAAUUGGACGACCAGGAAGCGGUAUCAUCAUUACGCCGGAACAAUGGGACGCAGCACAGGCCAAAAAUACGUUUACAGCAAUGGGCACGUCCUUAUUGAUGGCAGUUGUAGACGUAAGUAUUCUCCUGGAGAGUAAUUUAAAAGGCGAAAAGUCAAAAAUAAAGCAGUCAACAACAGUGCACAAAGGACUGGAUUCACAACAACUUGCUGCGAUUAAAUGUAUAAAAGAUAGAUUUAUUAGAGAUAUAAAUAUCCAUAUUCUAACUUGA